AUGUCGACGACGCCCAUCUCGUCUCCCUAUUCCGUUGGCCAGAACCACCCGCCCAAGCUGUCCCCGCAUCGACCUGAGAUACGCCCAUCAAGUCCCAACUACUUUGGCCUGGUUGUCAACAACGACUCUGCCCACGAUCCCCGGGAAUCCUCUGGCCUGGGGAACAACAACUGGAGCCCGGCAUCGUCUUCGGUCAAGUCCUUUGCGGCUGCUCUUCCCAAGUCAAUCACCCUCGAGUCCAACCCGGGGUUUGAAGAAUACGAGGCGUUUAGACGGCAGGUUGACUUGAACAGGGGAGCCUCGUUUGCCCUGUCGACUUCUCACUACAUCCAGCCCUCAGCUCCCAAACGCCCACACGCACCUAGAUGGCACACGCAUGCUAGCGAUACGGGCUCUGAAAGCUCGUUUCCUCGAGCUCUGAGCUCUGCCAGAGAUCAACCACCUAGCCGCAUGGAUAUUGACCAGGUUAGCCUCCAGGACUCUGCCUACAUGUCAUCUGAGUCGAAGCGGAACUCUGAAGCAUCCUUGCCCACCCUGCAGUUCUCAGGUAGCAUCCCGAGGUUUGAGUCCCCGCGACCCAUGGACCCUGCCCAAAGCCGGACGACAUUGACCCGAGCUGAGGAUAGAGAUCCUCGAUUGUCUGUAAUGGAGCACCGACCCGAGCCUCCUUCACCCCAGAUGUCGGAGAUCCGGAGAUCAGUCACCAUGCCUACCAAGCUGGAGCCCGGACAGCCGUCCAUGAUUAGUGCCGCUGCUCUCAAAGAGCUUAUCAAAAAGGAAGACGACGACGGCGUUUUACUGCUCGAUAUACGCUCUUCUGCAAACUACGCUGCCUCUCGAAUUAGGGGAGCGCUUAACCUAUGUAUACCCACCACUCUGUUGAAGCGAGCGACGUACAACACCGAAAAGUUGCAGCAGACGUUCCAAAACAACGACGCCGCAGGAGAAAAGUUUAGCACCUGGCGUGACGCAUCCUGGAUUAUCGUUUAUGAUGCCCGUUCAUCAGAUAACCGCGAUACGGUCGCCGCCCAGAAUAUGAUUAAAAAAUUCACCAAUGAGGGCUUCUUGGGGGAGACGGGCAUCCUCAGGGGUGGCUUCCAGGGACUGCUGGACACAAAUCCCGAUAUGAUCGACAAUUCAUCAAGCGACUCAUCGAAAUCAAACGGCGGGCCCGGUCCCAUUGGCGGCGGUCUUGCCCCUGUGAUUGGCGGCGUCAUGCUUCCUACGACCAAGAACCCUUUCUUUUCCAAUAUUCGCCAGAAUAUGGAUCUUGCAGACGGUGUAGGCCAGCGUGACGUCUCUUGGCCACAGGGGCUUGAGCCAGGGGAGCUUCCUCAGUGGCUUCGCGAUGCCGCAGACCAACCAGACCAUGGCAAGAAGGUGUCGGAUCGAUUUUUGCGGAUUGAGCAGGAUGAAAAGACUCGAAUGCAGAAUGCGUAUGCUGCGUUCAAUGAGAACAAUCCGUCCCACAAUCCCGCCAUGAACGGCAGAGUCCAGCUUUGCGGUGUUGAAAAGGGCGGCAAGAACCGCUACAAGGACAUUCUCCCCUUUGAACAUGCCCGCGUCAAGCUCCAGAACAAGCCCGAGGGAUCUUGUGACUACAUCAACGCCAGUCAUCUUACCGCAUCCAGAAGCAACAAGAGAUAUAUUGCAAGCCAGGGUCCUCUGCCCGCCACGUUUGAGGAUUUCUGGUCGGUUGUCUGGGAACAAGACGUGCGUGUCAUCAUCAUGUUGACAGCCGAAUCUGAAGGUGGCCAAUUGAAGUGCCACACAUACUGGAAUGAUCGAGAAUUCGGCCCCAUUCAGCUGAGAAAGAUGUCAGAGAAGAAGGCGUCUCUCGACCUUGAUAAGUAUAAGUCUAAUACUGCAACGACACAAAACACGAUGCCAUCGGGUGAGGCUAGCCGAAAACGAGCAAACACCACCACCACUCUCGAGGCGCCUGCGACGAAUCCUGCUCCAGCGCAGCCUGACACGUUUGUCACCGUUCGGAAGUUUGCACUCAGUCAUUCUGCCCACCCCUUUGCACCUAUGAGGGAGAUUACGCAUCUGCAUUUCUCUUCAUGGCCCGACUUUGGAACACCAGCUCAGCCAUCUCACCUCCUUGCUUUGGUGGAGCUCGCCAACGUCAUGCAGCGGGCGGCUCUUCCCGUUGAGACAGCUUCGAUUAUGGGAUCCAGCAAGAUUCCUAAUGGCCUUGCGCCGAUUACUUGGUAUGACGAGCCCGAGGCUGAUAGCGCAAGUCGUCCCAUGCUGGUCCAUUGCUCUGCGGGAUGUGGCCGGACAGGCGCUUUCUGCACUGUCGACAGUGUGAUUGACAUGAUGAAACGCCAACGACUUUCCCACAUGCCGGGAGGAGGACAGCCACAAGUGCAAGCGCCGACAGCCGACAUGCUGAUGGAUUUGGAUGAUGCCAUUUCCCCCAUGACGAAUAGGCAGAUGAGCUUCAAGUUCGAUCUGGACCACCAACCAAGGUUUGAAGAGAGGCAGAUUGAGGUGCACCCAACCCUCGACCUGUCUUGGAUGCAAGACGAUUCGCUCGACUUGAUCCAAAAGACGGUAGAAGACUUCCGCGAGCAGAGAAUCAGCAUGGUUCAGAGCCUACAGCAAUAUGUGCUGUGUUACGAGACGGUCCUAGAAUGGGUCAACCGACUGCACGAAAAGGGGAGAGCAGGGCCUGACGGCAGAAGACACCACAGCGAGAGCUACCAAUUCGCAUGA